GGCUGAAUUCUACACGAACAUGGAUACCUUCUUGUGCAACUUGACGGAUCUCGCGUAUAAAAUGUUGGGCUUGACGGUGAUAUAUGUGCCGCGGGAGGGAAGCGAUCUGAUGAGCGACGAAGCGAAAGCCGACAAGGAAUUGAUCAAGAGAUUGGAGGUCGUCGUGGCACACUGGACCACUCAAAUCAGGAUAGCCCUCUCCGAUCAGGAACAAGCAACGCCGAACGAAUUACUCUGCCUGAAGGACGAAUAUGACUUCUGGCUGUAUCGCUAUGACAAUCUCUGCGGUCUGGACUAUCAGCUUCAAAACGCUACGGUGAAGAGGAUUGCGGACUUCCUCUCGGCGAGUCAUUCGACGUACGUCAGGCAGUUCAUCUCGUUGAAGGACGAGAUCGAGGACGGGGUGAAAGAAGCUAGAUCGAACAUCGAAUAUCUUCGAAUUCUGGUGGAACCCUCCGCGAAGUUGAGCGAAUGCGUCGAACCCUCGAGCAUCGACCGACACCUGAUGUCGAUCAUUCACCUGUUCAGGACGAUUUGGCUCAAUUCGCCUUACUACAAUGUCCAAGAGAGAAUCGAAAAUCUGUUUAAGGCGCUCAGUAAUCAGAUCAUCAUUCUAUGUCGCAAUUACAUCGACUUUAAAGAAGUAUUCGCUGGAAAAGCCAGGCAAUCUAUGGAGAAGUUGCAGGAAUGCGUGACCGCUUGCGUAAAUUACAAAUCGCUCUACGACAAUAUUGCUCAGGCUCACAACAGCCUGACGAACGUACCGUGGGACUUAAACAGAGACAACGUGUUCCAGUACAUCAAUAUUUUCAUCGGCAGAUGCCAGGACAUGAUCGAGAUUUGUCAAGCAAUGAUCGACUUUGCGAGAAUGGACGAGACGACGGAGGUGUUCAAACCGAUGUUCAGUGGGACAAAGGGAGAGGAACGGGAGCGAGUGUGCCAGAAGAUUGAGAGGCUGUUUCACGAAGCAUUGGCGGAGAUUCGGUACAACCAUCAGAGGAUCUUGGACGUGCAUUACGGCGCGUGGCACGACGACGUGUUCAACUUCCGUACCGAGAUGAAGGAUCUGGAGGUGAUAGUCGAGAAUCUGGUCGCGUCCGUUUUCGUCGGUAUGAACAACGUGCAGGAAGGAAUCGAAGAUCUUCAAGGAUUGUAUCCUUACAUGAAUCGCGAAAAACUGAAAUCUUUGUUCGACGGUAAAACCGCUGAGAUUUGGAAGCUGUUCAGCGAGGACAUCAAACGUACGAAGCAGGAAGUACUCGACGAAAGGGAGAACUAUCCUUCGAUGACGCCAUAUUACGCAGGAAGGGCGUUGAACCUUCGCUCGAAAGGCGCGCGCCUGCAAUCGGCGAGGGAGGUGCUCGAGAGGGCGAUAUGGAUGCCGUAUUGUCCCCUCAGCGUCGAGAUCUUCCAUCAGCACGAUCUCUUGAAGAGAUCCAUUGAGGAUCUGGUCACCGACUUGCACAGUAGAUGGGUUCGCGAGGUCGGCGAUAAUCCGCGAGCGAAACUCGAUCGUUCCUUGAUGCGGCGAAGCGACUCGAAAGAGGGGUUUCUCGAGUGCAACAUCGACGCGGCUAUUCUGAAUUUGUGUCGCGAAGCCGCUUAUUGGAUCACUCUGAAAUUCUCCAUACCCGUUCAGGUGAAAAUCGUCUACGACAAGUGGGAAAAUCUUCAUUUUGUCUAUGAAAGCGUUCUCGCCGUGGUGAUUGGCUAUAACAAAGUGGUCAGAGCGUUGGCGAUGGCCGAGCGAGAGCUGUUCCGCGAGCUGAUUCAGCAGCUGGACAGGAAGAUAAAUCCGGGUUUAAGCAAGCUGACGUGGAACACGGAAUACGUAGACGCCUACAUUGAGGAUUGCUUCAACCAAACUCUUCAGGAAUUUGUGGACGUCUACAAGGAAUCGAUUCAUCAGAUCGUAUCGAUCUGUGAGAGAAUCUGCGACACGCCGAUGAUAAAAAUCAAACCGAAUUACACGUACAGAUUGAACGAGUUGCAAGACGAAUUGGUCAAAGUCAGGGACGAGACCUUCGAACUUCUAUUGGAUUAUCACAGGACGGUCUUCCAGUACGUGAUGGUCAUUUACGAUGGAGUGAAAGACGUUAUUCGUGAAAGUUUGCAAGCGUGGAAAGUCUUUCUGAGCCGAAUGGACGUUUUGAUAGGCGAGGCUUACAAGAUGUGUCUGAUAGAAUCUAUGCAAGCCAUGUACACUGCUCUGCACGGGGAUGGUACCACGCCGCCGUCGCCGCUGAUUUUGGUCCACGUGGAACUCAUCGAUAAUAAAAUCAAAUUCGUUCCGGAUCUGGCGAACAUCGCGAUGGAAACAUCUGUGCUGUUCGAUAAUCUGUUGGAACCACUGAAGAGAGUGACUCGGUUGAUAAAUAAGUUCAAGUUCGAUAUCCCGAUCCUUCCUUUUUGGAAAACGUACGAGAAGGAUUCCGAGUUGCUCGACCUUCAACAGAAGCUAAACGACGAAGUGAACUAUUGUUUCGUUCAGGUGCAAAAUUAUCUGAAGAGCUGGGAACCGUUCCAGGAAAUAUGGGAAAUGAACAGGGAAAUGUAUCUUCAGAGAUACGAGAAAUUGAAACCUACUGCGGCGACGUUCGACUCGGACAUCAGCAGGUACACGAUCAUCGCGAAUAACGUUCAGAUGCAAGAAACGGUGAUGACCGUACACUUCCUCGACGUGAACGCCGACGGCCUAAAGGGGGCCAUUAUCGAACAGUGUUCCGUUUGGCAGCAAAAACUGAUCGGUGUUCUGCUCCGACAGACUCAGAACAUGGUCAAUCACGUGUAUCAUUAUAUCGCGGACAAUUCGAAAAAAAUAACGAAGGAGCCGACGGACCUGAUCGGCAUGCAAUACCUGAUGCAAUUGUUCGACAAACUGAUUAACGACGUUCCUCGACAGGAAGAGGAAUUCCCAAAGAUCCAAGAGCAAUAUCAGACUUUGGAGAAAUACGAAGUGAGUCUGACGUUCGACUUCAAACGGAAGGUGCACGACAUAGAUCCUUCCUGGGCCGCGUAUCUGGAACUGUUGGAGGAAUGCGAGGGCAUGUUGAAAGAGAAAAAGGAAGAAUUCAAACAAGUCUUGUUGGAAGACGUGAUAAUGUUCCAAGACGAAGUGACCGCUCUGGUGGGGAAAUUUUGGGACACCGGCCCAUUCACUUCCGAAUGGGAACCGAAAGGCGCGUUCGCCUGGUUGGAGUACCUGGAGCGGGAAGCGUCAGCGUUGAGAAGAAGAGAAAGCAAGUUGAAGUCGCAGCUGGGGAUGUUCGGCAUCAACCAGCCGGAUUCUUUUGAGUUGAUGCAAUUGGAUCAGGACACAAAAGCCAUCGAGCUGGUGUGGCAGAUCACGAACGAAUGGAACGAGGCGUGGGAGAGAUACCGAACGGAAAACUUUUGGGACAUCGAAAUGGAAGAGAUGGAGACCACCGCGAACGUCCUGUUCAGAAGGUUGAAUCGUCUCAGCAGAGAAUUGAAGGAGAAGAAUUGGGAGAUCGUUGAGCAUUCGAGGGGGCGAGUGGACAGAUUCAGGCGCACUCUUCCGUUGAUCACGGACCUGAAGAACCCGGCGAUGAGGCCCCGGCAUUGGAAUAAAGUGAAGGAAGUCGUGGACCGAGAAUUCGACGAAACAUCGGCCGAUUUUACUUUGGAUGCCAUCGCGGAGAUGCAGCUUCAAAAUUACGCCGAGCAGAUCAGCGACAUCUCCAAUUCGGCCACAAUGGAAUUAGCUAUCGAAGCUGGCCUGAAGGCGAUCGCCGAUAUCUGGGAAACUAUGCCGUUGGAAAUGAUUCCUUACAAGGACAGAGGAAUAUACAAGAUGAAGAGUAUCGACGCUAUAGUGCAAUGUUUGGAGGAGCAUCAGGUUCAAUUGUCGGCGAUGAAAGCAACGAGGUUCGUCGAGCCGUUCGCGGAAGAAGUCGAUCACUGGGAACGUUCACUGUCCACCGUAGGGGAGGUUCUCGAGACGACUCUGGUGAUCCAACGGGGCUACAUGUACAUGGACAAUAUAUUCACCACGGAAGAUAUUCGGAAGCAGCUGCCCAAGGAGACCGACGACUACGACAAAUUAACGACGCUCUGGACUCGAAUCACGUCGCGGAUGGCGUCCUUCGGUCUGGCGCUUCCGGCCACACACAAUCCACCCGGACUGUUGGAAGUGUUGAACAAGAUCAGCGAUCAGCUCGAGUUGAUGCAACGAGCUCUGGAAGAGUAUCUUGAAACAAAACGGCACGUCUUCCCGAGAUUCUAUUUCGUCUCGAACGACGAUCUUCUCGAGAUACUCGCGAACGCAAAGAGACCAGAACUGAUACAACCGCAUAUCAAGAAACUGUUCGAAUACCUAAAGUUUCUCACCCUCGGCAAGACUCUGGCUGGAAAGCAAUUAGCGACCGCGAUGAACUCGAACGAAGGGGAAUGCGUCGACUUCAGCGAAACCGUUACGCUCGAGGGCCAAGUGGAAAAAUGGCUCUGCAACGUCGAGACCGCGAUGAGAACCAGCCUGCGCGAAGUAUUGAGGCACUGUCGAACUGCGUUGCGAAAAAUGAUCAUGAGACGCGACAGAUGGGUGAAGGAGUGGCCCGGUCAGUCGGGCAUCGCAUCGACUCAGAUACAAUGGACGGCGGAUUGCACUCGUACUUUGUUACACUGCAAGAUGGUAGAUUCGAGGAAGCCGCUGAAGAAAUUACGGAAACGGCAGAAUCAGGCGCUGAGCAGGUACACGGAUGCGAUCCGGAGCGAGCUGAGUAAUUUGGAUCGAUCGAAAUUCAAAGGUAUCGCGGUGAUCGAGAUCCACGCCAGGGACGUCAUAGAGAGGAUGUAUCGAGCGCAUUGCAAAGACGUCUCGUCCUUCGAAUGGCUGUCGCAACUACGUUUCUACUGGGACAAAGACAUCGACGAUUGCAUCGUUUGGCAGACGAACACGUAUUUCGUCUACGGGUACGAGUAUCUCGGGAACACGGGUCGAUUGGUGAUAACUCCGCUGACGGACAGGUGUUAUAUAACGCUGACGACGGCCCUUCAUCUGUAUCGAGGAGGCAGCCCGAAAGGACCGGCCGGUACAGGGAAGACCGAGACGGUAAAAGAUCUCGGUAAGGCUCUAGGAUUCAAUGUGAUCGUUCAAAACUGUUCCGAGGGACUCGAUUACAAGAGCAUGGGCAGAUUGUUCUCCGGCCUCGCGCAGACCGGCGCGUGGGGUUGCUUCGACGAGUUCAAUCGGAUAAACGUCGAAGUAUUGUCAGUGGUGGCUCAACAGAUACUCUCGAUACUGACCGCCCUCUCACAGAAAUUCACCAGAUUCGUGUUCGAGGGCGUCGAAAUAUCGCUGGUGCACACUUGCGGCAUUUUUAUCACGAUGAAUCCGGGUUACGCCGGCCGGACCGAGCUUCCCGAUAAUCUGAAGUCGAUGUUCAGGCCCAUCUCGAUGAUGGUACCGGACAGUAGCAUGAUCGCUGAGAUCAAUUUGUUCUGCGAGGGUUUCGAACAGACGCGUGUUCUCGCCAGAAAGGUCUUCACGUUGUACACGCUGGCUCAGCAACAGUUGAGCAAACAGUAUCAUUACGACUUCGGUUUGAGAGGCAUAGUGACCUUGACCAGAUACGCGGGAAGGAAGAAGAGAGCGUAUCCGGAUCUACCGGACGAAGAGGUAAUCAUCCUCGCUAUGAAGGAUAUGAACAUCGCCAAACUCACGUCAGACGAUCUGCCGCUGUUCCUCGGUAUCACCGGCGAUCUCUUCCCAGACGUAGAAGUGCCGUCGGUGGAUUAUGACGAAAUCAUCGGUUAUAUAAGUAAGGAAGCCAUCAAAGCGAAGUUACAGCCCAUACCCCUGAUAUUGACGAAAGUCAUCCAAUUGUACGAGACGAUGAAUUCGAGACACUCGACGAUGCUGGUAGGCGAGUCGAACACCGCGAAAACGGUUACGUGGAAAAUAUUACAGAAUACGAUGACGAGUAUGAGAAACGACAGGAAGCCGGGUUACACCGCAGUCCACGUCUACCCGAUCAAUCCGAAGGCUUUGAGCCUCGCCGAACUCUACGGAGAGUAUAAUCUCAUCACCGGCGAAUGGCACGACGGCGUCAUAUCCAUGAUCAUGAGAAAGACCUGUUCCGACGAAAGCCCCGACACGAAAUGGAUCCUCUUCGACGGGCCGGUGGACGCGGACUGGAUCGAGAACAUGAACAGCGUGAUGGACGAUAACAAGGUUUUGACGCUGAUAAACAACGAUCGCAUCUCGAUGCCCGACCAAGUGUCCCUGUUAUUCGAGGUCCAGGAUCUGGCGGUCGCUUCCCCGGCCACGGUUUCCCGAGCCGGUAUGGUUUACAACGAUUACAAGGACCUCGGUUGGAACCCUUACGUGAACAGUUGGCUGCAGAAGUAUCAGCAAGGAAAGGAAUUUGCCGAAGAGAUGAUGAAAUUGUUCGACGAACACGUGGACGCCACUCUCAAUUUUAAGCGACGAAAGUGUGAAGAACUGAUCCCAGUUCCUGAGCUGAACGCCGUUCAAUCGCUGUGCAAGCUCCUCGAAGUGCUUGCCAUUCCGGAGAACGGAGUAGAAUUUACGGGAGACACGGACAUGUUCGCUAAUAUUUGCAGGAUAUGGUUCUUCUUUUGCGUGAUAUGGUCGAUCUGCGCGUCCGUCAACGAGGAGGGACGAUUUAGGGUGGACAAUUUCAUUCGAGAGCUCGAGGGCAGUUUCCCAUUGAGGGACACGGUGUAUGAAUACUUCGUGGACUCUCGACUUCGAGCGUACGUCUCUUGGGAAGAAAAAUUACCUUCGGUCUGGAAGAUUCAAUCUGGAACCCCGUUCUACAAAAUAGUGGUACCAACUGUGGAUACCGUUCGAUACGAGUACAUCGUCGGCUCUCUGCUGAAACAUCGGUUCCCGGUGCUCCUGUUGGGUCCGGUGGGCACGGGAAAGACGUCGGUGCUUCGAUCGGUGCUCGAUUCACUUGAUGAGACCAAAUACAGCGUGUUGACUCUGAACAUGUCCGCUCAAACGACCUCAAAGAAAGUGAGCGACUCGGUGGAGAGCAGACUCGAGAAACGCACCAAAGGCGUCUACAUCCCCGUGGGUGGUAAAGUUCUGAUCGCAUUUAUGGACGAUUUUAAUAUGCCGAUGAAAGAGACGUACGGAUCUCAACCACCUUUGGAGUUGGUUCGACAACUGAUUGGAUACGGAUUCUGGUACGAUCGGCACAAGCAAACGCAAAAGUUCAUACAAAGAUUGCAACUAAUGGCGGCGAUGGGCCCACCGGGUGGAGGUCGAAACGUGAUCACCAAUCGAUUGCUGACCAAGUUCAACGUCGUUAACAUGACGUUCCCUGCCGAGAAACAGAUCAUUAGGAUAUACGGGACGAUGCUGAAUCAACACAUCGGCGAUUUCCACGCGGAAGUCAAGGGAAUAGCUCAAGAAAUAACGCUGUCCACCAUCGGACUGUACAACAACGUGGUUCACAAGAUGCUGCCGACACCGGCCAAGAUGCAUUAUCUGUUCAACCUGAGAGACAUAUCGAAGGUGUUCCAAGGUCUGCUGCGUGGUCACAAGGAUUAUCAGUUCUCCAGGCAGACGUUCCUUCGGCUAUGGAUCCACGAAGCGUUCCGAGUGUUCAGUGAUCGGCUGAUAGACGAAAAGGACAGGGAAUGGUUUGUGGAUCGAAUCAACGAGCAACUUGGAAAACAGUUCGAAUCGACGUUCGCUACCAUUUGUCCGGAGAAGAGGAGCCCCUUGUUCGGUAGUUUCAUGAACGUCUGGGACAUAUACGAGGAUCUGUUGGACAUUGCGGCCGUGAGGACUCACAUAGAAAAGCAACUGGACGAGUACAAUACCUCCACUGGCGUCGUUCGAAUGAAACUGAUUCUGUUCCGAUACGCGAUCGAGCACAUUUGCCGCAUCCCGCGCGGAAACAUGUUGCUGAUAGGCAUCGGUGGAAGCGGAAGGCAGUCGCUGUCCCGUAUCGCUAGCUACAUGUGCGAGCUUGGCAUCUUUCAAAUUUCGAUCACGAAGAAUUACAAGAUGCCCGAAUUUCGCGAGGACCUGAAAUCGUUGUACCUGAAAACGGGCGUCGACAACAAACCUACGACUUUUCUGUUCGACGAUACGCAGGUGGUCGAGGAGCAAUUUCUAGAGAUCGUAAACAACAUAUUAAGCACGGGGGAGGUGGCGAAUCUGUACAAACCCGACGAGAUGGAAGAGAUCAAGAAGAAAUUGACGAAAGAGGUGAUGCGUGCUGGACGAAUACCGACUUCGGAGGCGAUCUACUCGUGGGUGAUCGAGCGAACGCGUUCCAAUAUGCAUUUGGUGGUGAGCAUGAGCCCAAUCGGAGACGCGUUCAGAAACAGAUUGCGCCAGUAUCCGGGAUUGAUCAAUUGUACGACGAUCGAUUGGUUCUUGGAAUGGCCGAGGGAAGCCCUUCUCGAAGUUGGUAACAAAUUCCUCGCGGACCUCCCUCUGACGCUUAUCAUCACCGGCGAGAGCAAACCGGAGCCACGGCAAUCGGCGGCUGGCGUGCCUCUGCCACCGCUGCAGGAACGGAUGCGAGACGCAAUCGCGGCUACGUUCUCCUCGAUCCACGAGACGGUUUCGCGAUUCUCGAGCAGAAUGGCCGCGGAGAUGAAGCGGUAUAAUUACGUGACGCCGGUCAACUUCCUCGAACUGGUCGCCGGUUACAAAACAAUGCUGCUGGAGAAACGGACGGAAUUAGCGCAGCAAGCGAACAAACUGCGGAACGGUCUCUCGAAGAUCGACGACACUCGGGUCAAAGUGAACGAAAUGGCCGCAGAACUGGAAGUAACACAGGAACAAGUUCACAAGUCUACGAGGGAAUGCGAAGAAUUUCUGGUUACGAUAGUGAACCAGCGUCGCGACGCGGAUGAAACGCAGAAAUCGGUAGCUGCGCGAUCUGAGAAAAUUACGGAGGAACAAAAAGAAUGCAAGAAGCUCGAAGAACUAGCCCGAGCCGAUCUCGCGACCGUCGAACCGGCUUUGAACGAAGCUAUGAAGGCCUUGGACGCGCUCAGUAAAAAGGAUAUUUCGGAGAUACGGUCGUUCACGCGCCCACCACCGAAGGUUGAGAUGGUAAUGGAGGCGAUAAUGAUCUUGAAGAAUUCCGAACCGAGCUGGGCGGAAUCGAAACGUCAGCUCGCCGACGUCAACUUUUUGCUCACGCUGCGAGACUUCGACAAGGACAAUAUCUCCGACAGAACACUACGAGCCAUCUCUAAGUACACGUCUAACCCGGAAUUCGACCCGGAGAAGGUCGGCGUAGUAUCGGUCGCAGCCAAGUCUCUGUGCAUGUGGGUCGUCGCCAUGGAAAAAUAUGGGAAGCUGUACAGAGUCGUCGCGCCGAAGAGAGAGAAAUUGAACGCGGCACUGGCCUCCCUCAAACAGAAAGAGCAGGCGUUGAGCGAUGCGAUGACGCAGUUGCAGCGACUGGAGCAGAGACUACUGGAGUUGCAGGAGAUGUACGACGGCAAGAUGAAGGAAAAAGAAGAAUUGAUCAAAUUGGCGGAACUGUUGAAACUGAAAUUAGAGCGAGCCGCAAUGCUGGUCGACGGUCUUUCCGACGAACGGAUUCGAUGGGAGAAGACGGUCGGAUCAUUGGGCACGCUCUACGAGUUGCUACCGGGCGAUUGUUUGAUAGCCACCGCUUUUAUCUCUUAUCUGGGUCCGUUCGUGUCCAAGUACAGAGAGGAGCUGAUAAGCAUCUGGACGAAAGAGGUGAACGAGAGAGAAAUACCAAUGUCGCCCGAUUUGAACGUGAAAGAAUUCUUGGUCGAUCCGGCGAUCAUCAGAGAUUGGACUAUGCAGGGUUUGCCGUCUGACGAUUUCAGCAUGGAAAACGGGAUAAUCGUGACCAGAGGAACCAGAUGGCCGUUGGUGAUCGAUCCCCAGUGUCAAGCGGUGAAAUGGAUAAAAACUAUGGAAGCUGAAAACUCAUUGCUGGUCAUCGACUUCGGGCAAGCCGACUUCAUCAAAGUGCUGGAGUUCGCGCUUCAGUACGGUAGACCGGUUCUCCUGGAAAAUAUCGGCCAAGUACUCGAUCCGACGUUGAGCCCGAUUCUCGAUCGAGCCUUCGUAAAAGUGGGCGACCAAACGAUGAUUAAGUUUAACGAAAAGACGAUCACCUACAACGACAAGUUUCGAUUGUUCAUGACGACGAAGCUCGCGAAUCCUCAUUAUGCUCCGGAGAUAUCGACUAAAACGACUUUAUGCAAUUUCGCCAUCAAGGAACAGGGAUUGGAGGAUCAGCUGUUGGGAAUCGUGGUUCGAAAAGAGAAACCGCAGCUCGAGGAGCAAAAGGACAAUCUGGUCUUCACGAUCUCGUCAAACAAGCGAACUCUCAAGGAGCUCGAAGACAAAAUACUUCAUUUACUGAACGUAGCCGGUGACACUCUGCUGGACGACUUGGAUCUGCUGAGCGCUCUACAAUCGUCGAAGGCGACGUCGAUCUCGAUCGAGGAAUCGUUGGUGGUGUCCGUGGAAACAGAGAAACAGAUCGAUCUCGCGCGAGAGGAGUACAGACCGUGCGCGCAUCGAGCCGCGAUCCUCUUUUUCGUCCUGAACGACACGAGCCUAAUCGAUCCUAUGUACCAGUUCGCUCUGGACGCGUACGUCACGCUGUUUAUGCAGUCGAUCGAUAAGAGCUCGAAGAGUUUAAAGCUUGCUGAGAGGAUCGAAAGCCUGAACGAGUACCAUACUUACGCUCUGUACAAGAACACUUGCCGCGGCCUUUUCGAGCAUCACAAGCUGUUGUUCUCGUUCCACGUCUGCAUGAAGAUCCUGGAUCACCAGGGCAAAGUGAUCCCUAAUGAGUACGCGUUCCUUCUUCGCGGUGGAAUCGUUUUGGACAGAGAGAAUCAGCCGGACAACCCCGUAGCCUGGCUGCCGGACGAGACGUGGGACAACAUAACGGAGUUGGACAAAUUGCCUGGAUUCCACGGAAUCGUCUCUUCGUUCGAGCAGUUUCCGCGAGAUUGGCACAAUUGGUACGUCAACACGGAACCGGAGAACGCACCGCUGGUGGCGGAGUGGGAAACGAACUGCAACGUGUUCCAAAAGAUGCUGGUGAUACGUAGCUGUCGCCCGGACAGGAUCUCCUUCUGUAUCGCCAAUUUCAUCGUGCUGAACCUCGGUCAAAGGUUCACCGAGCCGCCGGUGCUCGACUUGAAAGCCGUGCUCGACGAUUCCGUUCCCCAGACACCGCUCGUAUUCGUUCUCUCGCCCGGCGUCGAUCCUACCAGUACCCUUAUGCAGCUCGUCGACAGUCAAGAAAUGACCAAUCACUUCAUGACUCUGUCUCUGGGUCAGGGACAGGCGCCGAUCGCUACCAGAAUGAUAGAAGUGGGUGCGAAGGAGGGUGCCUGGGUGUUCCUGGCGAAUUGUCAUCUGUCCCUCAGUUGGAUGCCGAAGCUGGACAAGAUCGUAGAAACGUUGGGUGCCAGCAAGAGCAUACAUCCUCAAUUCAGGUUGUGGCUCAGCUCGAGCCCGACUCCCCAAUUCCCGAUAUCGAUCCUCCAGGCGGGGAUAAAGAUGACCACGGAACCGCCGAAAGGUUUGAGAGCGAACAUGAAGCGACUCUACAGCCUAAUAACCGAGAACCAGUUCGAAGCGUGCCACGCCAAGUCGAAAUACAAGAAACUUCUGUUCGCUCUCGUCUUCUUUCACGCGGUGCUGCUAGAACGUAAAAAGUUCCAACAGUUGGGUUGGAACGUAAUCUACAGUUUCAACGAUGCAGAUUUUGUGGUGUCAGAGAACCUUUUACAAGUCUAUCUGGACGAAUAUCCGGUGACUCCGUGGGAGUCCCUUAAAUACUUGAUAGCGGGCGUCUGUUAUGGCGGACACGUGACCGACGAUUGGGAUCGACGUUUACUAAUGACCUACGUUCAACACUAUUUCACCGACGAGGCCUUGACUGUGCCUCAGUACCGUUUAUCGUCGCUACCGACUUAUUACAUCCCGCGGGAUGGUUCCCUGGCAUCGUAUCACGAUUUCAUCGCAGUAUUACCGAACGUCGACAAACCGGAAGCGUUUGGUCAACACCCGAACGCGGACAUCACCUGCCUGAUCAUGGAGACGAGAAACAUGUUCGAAACGUUAAUGAGCCUUCAAGUUCAAGCCGUUGCCAGGGAAGAAAUCGGGAAAGAGGAAAAGGUGAUUCAAUUGACUAUGGACCUCCUGUCGAAAAUACCAGACGACAUCGAUUACGAGACCACGCAAAAACUGAUAGGACCGAAGAAAAUGCCAUUGGACGUGGUGUUGCUACAGGAGAUCCAACGGUACAACGUUCUACUGUCCGGCACACGCGGCAGCCUGAGGGACCUCCAGUUAGCGAUCCAAGGUCUCGUCCUGAUGUCCCCCGAUCUCGAGGAGAUCUUCAACUGCAUUCACGAGGGACGGGUUCCCGCCGCUUGGCUGACGGCUUAUCCGUCGUUGAAAUUAUUGGGUGCUUGGACGAGGGAUCUGGUGAAUCGCGUCGAUCAUUUCGCGGAAUGGGCUCGAUCGACUCACCCACCGUUGCUCUUCUGGUUGGCCGCGUAUACCUUCCCGACCGGAUUCCUCACCGCCGUGCUACAAACCUCCGCGAGAUUAUGGAACGUGUCCAUCGAUUCCCUGUCCUGGGAAUUCACAGUUUUUACCAUCGACGAAUCCGCCAUUAUCGAGCCACCAGUGGACGGAGUGUACGUACGGUCCGUCUACUUGGAAGGCGCCGGUUGGGACAAGAAGAACAGCGUCCUCGUCGAGCCGGCACCGAUGGAACUCGUUUGCAACAUGCCAGUGAUUCAUUUCCGGCCCGCGGAACAGUUCAAAAAGAGGACCAGAGGUCUCUACACUUGUCCCUGUUAUUAUUAUCCACAAAGAAGCGGGGAUCAGGGACGACCGUCGUUCGUCGUCGCGGUCGAUCUGAACUCGGGUCCCCAGGGUUCGGAUUUCUGGACGAAAAGAGGCACCGCCCUGUUACUGAGUCUCUCCACAUAGAUCUACGUACGCAUACAAGCCCGUUA